AUGAGCUUCGACCUUCUCACAGUACCCUUAGUACAUCUACGGUCUUCUGUACCGUGUCGUGAAUCUCGGGAGGACUUCACCACUCCGCUAUACAGCCAAGAGCAACAGUUAUAUUCCAGACAAAUUAGGUCUCCGCCAAACGAACAUCAAGGAGUGAUUCCUCUUGCAGAAAACGAUCCAGACGACGAAUACCUCUACGAGGUGGUGAUCUCAACCGGUCUUCGUGAGAACGCUGGUACAAAGUCGAAAGUUUGCUUUGUGCUGGCUGGCAUGCAAGGCGAGACAGCUCCAAAAGAAUUGUCCAGUCCCGACGGAUAUAUCUUGGCUCGAGGAAAUGUUGACAGAUUCUUGCUUUCCUGCAAACGGUACGACUAUACUAUCAACUGCAAACGCAGAUCGGAUUCAGAGUUAUUGCCACUGGUGGACCAUCAUUGUUGA